CUUGACACUUUUAAAAUUAGAGACGGCAUUGUUUCAAAAUGCGUUUAAAAAAUUUGAUAUGAUUAUCAUUUUAAUUUAUCUUAUCAAUUUCCUACCAAGUAUCAAUUUUCGUCAUCGUCGAUAAGAAGGCAUGACACAAUUCAAUAAAUGCAUAAUUUAAUGAAAAGUAACUGUUUAUGUGUUGACUCUUGAAUGCUAAGAAAAUGUUAAACGAAUUAAUUGAAAGCAUUAGCACAACCUCGGCGGAUUCGAAUAGUAUUGGUGAUGGAAAUCAAAACCUGGAAUCAAAAAUUCAAACAUUCCAUCGAAAUAAAACUAUUAAUGAAUUACCAUCGAGAAACAACAUAGUGGGGCCAUUUAGAGCCGCUGCACAUCUGGUAAUGACACUCCGAUUAAGAAGAUGCAGAAAUAUGAAUUCUUUAGAAUACGAUGAUGAUACAGAUGCAUCUACACCACUUUUGGAACAACAUGCUGCACAAAUUGCUAAACAAAUGGAAGAGGAUGAAAAUUUUAUGCAGGAUAAUCCUUUAGCUAAACAACAUCGCAUUGAAUUUUUACGUGAAAUGACACAUUGUUUAUCAAUAAAACGCGCUGUAAAACAGAGACUAGAUAAAUCAUCCAAAAAAGUAAAUUCUAGACCUAUAACUUCAUGGAAGUUAUUUAAAUACCGUAUUGGAAUGUCUUUAUCAAAGUGUGAGGAAGCUGUUCGCAGUUUAAGUGAUGGACUCAAAUUAUGGCAUGGUACAUUAAAAAGAGUUGAAGGUCAUUGUGGAUCCGGUGUAGUUACAUAUUUUCAAUUUUUACGAUCUAUGUUUACAAUGAAUUUAUUUUUGUUACUUAUUUCGGUAGCAUUUCUGGUAUUGCCACAAUUAUUGUAUCAGAUAAAUGAAACUGAAUUUUCUUACAAGAAUGGAAGUAUUAAUUUCAAUUUUAUGGAUUUGAUCACAGGAGAGGGUUACUUAACUGAAACAAUAUUAUACUAUGGUGUUUAUGGUAAUCAUUCGUUUUCAUUAGAUGACUAUACAUAUUAUAAUAUGCCAUUGGCAUAUUUUUUCACAAUGAUGUGUUUAUAUAUUAUAUGUUUUUUUGGUUUAUCAAUUCAGAUGGCUAAAACUUACCGUAAAAAUUUUAUCGAAACUGCUGGUGGAUUAAAAAAUGUAUAUGCAAAUAAAGUAUUUUGCAGCUGGGAUUUUAAUAUAGCAGAUGAAAAAGCUGCAAAUUUAAACUCACAAAUCAUUUACCAUGAACUACGUGAGCUUUUAGAUGAAGAACGUAAACAAAAACAAAAAAUAUCAUGGCUACGUCGAUUUUGGUCAUUUAUGACAAAAGUCUCUGUACAUGGUAUUGUUCUGUUUAUAUUAGUAUUGACUAUGAUUUUAUUAUGGAAACUCUUAAAACUUUAUUAUAAUACCAAAUAUCCGAACAUAUCUGAUUCCAACGAUGAUCGAAAAAUUACACCUAGGCAAAGUUUUGGAUUACUUGUUGCAUUUACUAUAACAACGAUCAUGAAUAUAUAUCCAAAAUUAUUUUCAUUUAUAGUAAGGUAUGAAGAUUAUUCGUCACCACGAAUUGCACUCUAUAUAACUUUGUUGCGAACUUUCGUAUUGGAAAGUGUAAUUAUGAUUGUUUUAGUUACGUUUUGGUUAAGUCGAAAAUUUGUCGAGUGUUGGGAAACUAAUUUAGCACAAGAAGUUUAUCGACUAAUUGUUAUGGAUUUUUUAUUUUCAUUUGUUGUUUUAUUUAUUUGUCGUAUUUGUCAUUACUUAAUAUACACAAGAUUAACCCAAAGAUUUAUACCAGUACCAGAGUUUGAUAUUGCACAUAACACUUUGGAUUUAAUUUAUUCACAAACAUUAUUUUGGGUUGGGUUUUUUUUCUCACCAUUAUUACCACUAGUCAUUAUUUUAAAAAUUUUUUUACAAUUUUAUAUGCAACGUACAUCAGUUUUAUAUUUUUCUAUUCCACCACGGCAAACAUGGAGGGCUGCACAAACAAAAACUUUAUAUUUAGUAAUGACUUUUACAUCACUGCUUGUUGUAAUAAUUAACUAUAUUUAUAUUUUAUCAACAAUUAAACCGUCUAAUUGUGGACCGUUUCAAGACUACGAUAGAUUUGUACAAAAAAUAUUUCAAGGUAUAUUUCAAUUACAACAAGAUAAUACUUUUAUUCAGGUUCUCACAUACUUAACGAAACCUGGAAUUAUUGGUGGACUUUUAAUAGCUAUGAGUGUGGCUGCGUAUUACUUACGAGCAAAAGCAAAUUCACAAAUAGCAAUGGUUAAUAUCCUUAGAGAGAUGUUGAUUUCAGAAGGGAGAGAUAAAGAUUUUUUACUUGAUAAUAUUUCCAAACUGAUGAAAGAAUCAUACCUAGCGUACGGCCCAACUUCAGAAGAAUAUAUACGAGAAUCAGAAGAAUAUAUAGGACGAUUUUCAGAACAAAACGAGAACUGAAAACUGAAUCAAAAAUAACAAGUGAUAUGUUAAGAUAUAUAACAAUUUUUUUAAUUACGAAAUUUUUGGAGUUGAAAAAGGAAACUUAAUGAUAAGUAAUGCUAUCAAGGUUUUGAUAUUUUCCGUCAGUAUUUUUUUACCUUAAACGAUCAGAAACAAGAUUGUGAUCAAGCUGAAUAUUCUUAAAUGCUAAUAUGAUGUCUCAGAUCUUACACUGUGUUCGUGAAAUUUUAAGGCAUGGUGGAUAAAUAAUACAGCUAAUUUGGAACCUACACUCUUUUAAUUUUAAAAAUUGUGAAAAAAGCAGAGUACUAAUAUUAGGUAUAAAUAUUCCAAACAAAAUUAGUAUUUUACAAAAAAAAAAUGUAAUUUAUUUAAUUACAUUUCAUUUAAUGAUGGGGGAUAA